AUGGGCCUAGCCAUUCUCUUCUUCUUACUGUUGCAUGCGGCUGCAGCACCGUCGUUGCUCUUGGCGGCGGAGAUCUGGAGUGAUUACUGCGCAGCCACGCCCUCAACAAUUUGGAUCAACAACGACAUUUUCUUUAAAAACCUCGACCCCCGCAACAUCGUCACAUGUUUAACACGCCACUCUGGCGCCGAACUCUAUAUUGGCGCAGGCUUCUUCUGUGUUUCCUCUAGAUCCCCGUGCGACGAGUUCCUCUUUGCGGUAAUCAUUGAUGCUGUCAGGGGCCAGAUAACCAUAACAGAGUCUGCGGAUGGGUAUCACCCUAUCAGGGAGUAUGCUGCUAUCACAACAGAACAGCCGCAGGUGGUCUGGUCUGCUAACCGGGCUCGCCUUGUCAGCGAGAAUGCCACCCUUGAGUUUAACACGGAUGGGAACUUGGUCCUCUGUGAUGCUGAUGGUAGCCAUGUCUGGUCAACCAACACAUCAAACAGGUCUGUAGCCGGGAUCACGAUCACUGACAUCGGCAAUCUGGUGUUGUUUGACCACAAGAAUGCAACCGUGUGGCAGUCAUUUGAUCAUCCUACUGACACAUUGCUCCCGGGGCAGUCACUUCUGGAAGGUAUGAGACUCAUAGCAAAUACUUCUGCAACAAAUACGACCGAGAACCAUUUCUUCAUCACUGUACUCCCAGAUGGGUUAUAUGCUUACGUUGAAUCCACACCACCACAAGUCUACUUAAAAUUCUACUUUUCAUACCACAUGGGCCAACAUAAAGCAAGAAAAGGUCCAACAGAGGUUACUUUCAUCAAUGGAAACCUCACCAUUUUAGGUCAGCCAAGGAAGCAAGAUAUGUACAUCUUACUGCCACAAGAUACAUAUAUCCAGUACAUGAGAUUAGAUUUUGAUGGACACCUGAGGCUGUAUGGAUGGUCUGAUGAAGAAUGGACUGUAUUGUUUGAUGUAAUGCAGUCUGAAGGUAUGAAUGACUGUGAUUACCCAACAGUUUGUGGGGAGAACAGCAUAUGCACAGAUGGGCAAUGUGGUUGUCCAGUUGAGAACAAUUCUAGUUCAAGUUACUUCAAGCUGGUGGACGAACGGAAGCCAAAUCUUGGUUGCACACCACUAAUUCAAAUCACUUGUCAAGAAAUACAACAUCAUCGACUAUUGACCCUUCCCAACAUUUCUUACUUCGAUUCAAGCCACAUGGUCAAUGCAACAAGCAUCGAUGAUUGUAAACGAGCUUGCUUGAAGAACUGCUCAUGUAUGGCUGUUUUGUUCAGAGCUAGAGAAUGUGUGUGGGUAACGAAGGUCUUCUCCUUGCGAUCAACACAGUCUGAAGAUGUUCGCUACAAUUCUUUUGCUUACCUAAAGGUGCAGCUUAGCCCCAACGGGUACAAAAGCAGGGUGCAUUUUAACCCCUCUAAUGAAAACAAAAGGAAGGUGAUGUUAGGUGCUACACUGGGAGUUGUUACUACUCUUGUAUUGCUUGUCAUUGUUGUCACUCUUUCCCUACAUAGAAGGAAGUAUGAAGAGAAAGAUGAAUUUGAUUUUGAUCAAUUACCUGGAAUGCUCACCAUGUUUUCUUUUGAAAAGUUGAGCGAAUGCACUGACGGGUUCAAUAAGAAGCUCGGAGGAGGUGGGUUUGGGUCGGUUUUUGAAGGGGAAUUAGGUGGAGAGAAAGUUGCAGUGAAACGUCUGGAAAGUGCUAGACAAGGAAAGAAAGAAUUCUUGGCAGAAGUAGAGACUAUUGGCAGCAUAGAACACAUUAAUCUUGUCAAGUUGAUUGGGUUUUGCGUAGAGGAGACUGAGAGGCUUCUGGUGUAUGAAUAUAUGUCAAGAGGCUCGCUUGACAGGUGGAUCUACUACCGCCAUAACAAUGCCCCUCUUGAUUGGUGCACCCGGUGGAGGAUCAUUCUGGCCAAAGGUCUAUGCUAUCUUCAUGAGGAGUGCAGGCAUAUAAUUGCUCAUUUGGACAUCAAACCACAAAAUAUUCUCUUGGAUGGCAACUUCAAUGCUAAAGUGGCUGAUUUUGGGCUUUGUAAGUUAAUAAAUAGGGACCAAAGUAAGGUAGUGACUAUGAUGAGAGGAACACCAGGAUAUCCCGCACCAGAAUGGUUAACUUCACGAAUCACUGAAAAAGUUGAUGUCUACAGCUUUGGAGUUGUUCUCAUGGAAAUAGUAAGUGGAAGAAAAAAUAUUGACACCUCUCAGCCAGAGGAGGAUGUUCAGCUUAUAAAUCUAUUACGAGAAAAAGCUCAAAACAACCAUUUGAUUGAUCUGAUUGACAAGCAUGGUGAGGAUAUGGUCACACACCAAGAGGAAGUGAUUCAAAUAAUGAAGCUCGCAAUAUGGUGUCUGCAACAAGACAGUAUUCGAAGGCCUUCAAUGUCAACCGUGAUCAAAGCAUUGGAAGGUGCAAUUAGCAUAGAAACUUUUGAGGCAAAUUCAGUCAUUCCUCUUCAAGAUAAUCCAUCCGCAUAUUCAGUUACAUCCCAGACAUCGACGCUAUCUGGCCCAAGGUGA